AUGGGUUCAACAGCACGAAAACUUUCCUCACUGCAUAACCUGCAUUUGAGCCACAAGGAAGCGGACGUGCGUGUGGAGCGACAAUUCCGCUUUGAGUUUGCCAAACCCAAGGCACGUCGUCGACUUCCUGCCGGAGUGGCGCCUCAAACUCCCACGAGUUUUCUGAGUCGGGAUAUUCCCGCCAUUUCACCUGAUAUUGGGUUUGACCCUGGUGACGACAUCGUCCAACAAGUCGUUCCACGUGAUAGUGGACGUCACCUUUCUCAUCGAGAUGAGUCGGUGGCAGGCGGUGACGACCGGGUCCACCGCCGUCCGGUGACUCGUGAUGCUCUUCGAGCCCGUGAGGACAAGGUCCUUCGUAAUCGGAGCUCCGCUGAGCGUCAUGGUGAAGUAGCAUAUCGCUUUUCGGACGCUCUUGACGAUUUAAAGAACGUCAUGCGCCGGCUGCCUCGCUUUGAGGACUACCGCUCUCUGUCGGAGCAACUCCUAGCCGUGGAGCAGGCGAAUGAAUCGCUUCAGGCAAUGGUGGAGUGCUUGGCUCCAUUGGAAACGAAGGUUGUUGCACUCCGUGCUCAGAACCAGUUGCUGGUUCAACUUCUGGGUAUCCGUGGGCCUGUGGGAUCCGCUCCGGAUCCCGGUACGGCUUGA